CAUCACGGCAGACCAUGGGAACACGGAGCAGAUGAUCCACCCCGAAAUGGGUGCGCCGCACACGGCAUACGGUAUACACGACGAACCUGGUGCCGUUCAUCAUGAUCGGCGACUCGAGAAAUUCCAUUACACUGUCGACAAGAAGGACGGCGAGGAGAAGGAAGGUGCGCUGUGCUACGUGGCGGCCCGGUGGUUGACAUUACGGUGGGUGCAAAUAUGACUAGGAUGUCUUCGCUCUUUCACAACGUUUUGUAUGACUCAGGGAUUGCCUAAGCCCGAAGGCGAGUGCCUGAAAAUAUGCGAGUGUAGAUUGUGAGCCUGACUUCGAUUGCAGAGAUGACCGGUCGCUCGUUGCU